GCCGACCUGGAGGUGAAGAUCCGGGACUGGUACCAGAAGCAGGGGCCGGGGCCCGCCCGCGACUACAGCCCCUACUUCAAGACCAUCGAGGACCUGAGGAACAAGAUCCUGGCGGCCACCAUCGACAAUGCCAGCUUGGUGCUGCAGAUCGACAACGCCCGUCUGGCAGCUGAUGACUUCCGCAACAAGUACGAGACUGAGCUGAACCUGCGGAUGACCGUGGAGGCCGACACCAAUGGCCUGCGCAGGGUGCUGGAUGAGCUGACCCUGGCCAGGGCCGACCUGGAGAUGCAGAUUGAGAAUCUCAAAGAGGAGCUGGCCUUCCUGAAGAAGAACCACGAGGAGGAAAUGAACGCUCUGAGAGGACAGGUGGGCGGGGACGUCAGCGUGGAGAUGGACGCCGCCCCCGGCGUGGACCUGAGCCGCAUCCUGAACGAGAUGCGCGACCAGUACGAGAAGAUGGCGGAGAAGAACCGCAAGGACGCUGAGGACUGGUUCUUCAGCAAGACGGAGGAGCUGAACCGUGAGGUGGCCACCAACACCGAGGCCCUGCAGAGCAGCAGGACGGAGAUCACAGAGCUCCGCCGCUCCGUGCAGAAUCUGGAGAUUGAGCUGCAGUCCCAGCUCAGCAUGAAAGCAUCGCUGGAGGGCAGCCUGGCGGAGACCGAGGCCCGCUACGGGGCCCAGCUGGCCCAGUUGCAGGGGCUCAUCAGCAACAUCGAGCAGCAGCUGUGUGAGCUCCGCUGUGACAUGGAGCGCCAGAACAACGAGUACCAGGUACUGCUGGACGUGAAGACACGGCUGGAGCAAGAGAUCGCCACCUACCGCCGCCUGCUGGAGGGCGAGGACGCCCACCUGGCCACCCAGUACUCCUCUUCCCUGAUCUCACAGCCCACCCGGGAAGCCACAGUGACCACCCGCCAGGUGCGCACCAUUAUGGAGGAAGUCCAGGAUGGCAAGGUGGUCUCCUCCCGCGAGCAGGUCCACCGCUCCACACACUGA